UAUUCAUUCAAUAUAUAAAAAUACAUGUUUAUGUUGAAAAUAUUCUAUAUAGUUCCAGUAACUUUUGCUUCUCUUCCCUCAAAGAAUUUUUUCUCUGCCCUCUUCUUUUGAUCUUCAUAUGUAGUAACAAAAAUCUGUUCUUCUUUUUUCUUUUGUCCUUGUUAUGAUAUUCUUUAGAGGUGAAGAUAGUAGAAGAGGAAGAAAUCAUUUUCUAGAAUCUCCACAUUGUUAAUCACUGUUUGUUUGAGGCAUUGGAUUGAACAAAAUGUCUCAGACCAACUGGGAAGCUGAUAAAAUGCUGGAUGUGUAUAUCCAUGAUUAUUUAGUAAAGAGGGAUUUGAAGGCUUCUGCACAAGCUUUUCAAGCCGAAGGAAAAGUAUCAUCUGAUCCAGUUGCCAUUGAUGCUCCUGGUGGUUUUCUCUUCGAAUGGUGGUCUGUAUUUUGGGAUAUAUUUAUUGCUAGAACUAAUGAGAAGCACUCAGAGGUUGCUGCAUCUUACAUUGAGACUCAGUUGAUUAAAGCAAGAGAACAGCAGCAGCAACAACAACAGCAGCAACCUCAACAACCACAACACCCACAACAACAACAGCAACAGCAACAGCAACAGCAGAUGCAGAUGCAGCAGCUCUUGUUGCAGAGGCAUGCUCAGCAGCAACAGCAGCAGCAGCAACAACAGCAACAACAACAGCAGCAGCAGCAACAACAACAGCAGCAGCAGCAGCAGCAGCAGCAACAACAACAACAACAACAGGCACAACAGCAGCAGCAGCAGCAGCAGCAACAGCGAAGAGAUGGGGCCCACCUCCUGAAUGGCACAGCUAAUGGACUUGUUGGAAAUGACCCUCUUAUGAGGCAGAACCCUGGAACUGCUAAUGCCUUGGCUACAAAGAUGUACGAGGAAAGAUUAAAACUGCCACUUCCACGGGAUUCUUUAGAUGAUGCAUCUAUGAAGCAAAGAUUUGGUGAUAAUGUGGGCCAGCUGUUGGAUCCAAAUAUAUUGAAGUCAGCUGCGUCAGCAGGCCAGCCUUCAGGGCAAGUGCUGCAUGGUACAGCUGGUGGCAUGUCUGCACAAGUUCAAGCUCGAAACCAGCAACUUCCAGGGUCUACACCAGACAUAAAGACUGAAAUAAAUCCUGUAUUGACUCCCAGAGCUGCAGGUCCUGAAGGAUCACUUAUUGGAAUUCCAGGAUCAAAUCAAGGUGGUAAUAAUUUGACAUUGAAAGGAUGGCCCCUCACUGGUCUCGAUCAGAUUCGCUCUGGGCUUCUGCAGCAGCCAAAAUCAUUUAUGCAAGGUCCUCAGCCUUUUCAUCAGCUUCAAAUGCUGACACCACAGACCCAGCAACUUAUGCUUGCACAGCAGAAUUUGACCUCCCCAUCUGCCAAUGACGUGGAAAGCAGAAGGCUGAGAAUGCUUCUAAAUAGCAGAAGCAUGGGUGUCGGAAAGGAUGGCAUUUCAAAUUCUGUUGGUGAUGUAGUUCCAAAUGUUGGAUCACCUCUGCAAGCUGGUUGUCCUGUUUUACCUCGUGGAGAUCCAGAUAUGUUUCUUAAGUUAAAAAUGGGCCAAAUGGCUCAGCUACAGCAGCAGCAGCAGCAGCAGCAACAACAACAGAACAGUAAUCAACAACAGCAGCAGCAGCUUCAGCAGCAUGCUCUUUCUGGUCAGCAAUCCCAGAGUUCAAAUCACAAUCUUCACCAGCAAGAUAAAAUUGUUGGGGCUGGUAGUGUCACUGCAGAUGGUAGCAUGUCAAACUCCUUUCGUGGAAAUGAUCAGACUGGAAGGAAGAGAAAGCAACCAGUGUCAUCUUCAGGUCCUGCCAAUAGCACAGGAACUGCAAACACAGCAGGACCUUCCCCAAGUUCAGCACCCUCGUCGCCUUCAACUCACACACCUGGAGAUGUGAUCUCAAUGCCUGUUUUGCCACAUAGUGGUAGUUCUUCGAAGCCUUUGAUGAUGUUUGGCACCGAUGGUGCUGGUUCUCUGACAUCACCAUCAAAUCAAUUGUGGGAUGAUAAAGAUCUUGGGCAGGCUGAUUUUGUGGAGGAUGGAUCUCUUGAUGAUAAUGUUGAGUCUUUUUUAUCACAUGAUGAUACAGAUCCCAGAGAUACAGUUGGUCGUUGUAUGGAUGUUAGCAAAGGUUUCACGUUUACGGAAGUCAAUUCUGUUCGAGCUAGCACAAGCAAAGUUAUCUGUUGCCACUUUUCAUCAGACGGGAAACUGCUUGCAAGUGGUGGCCAUGAUAAAAAGGCUGUAUUGUGGUACACAGAUACUUUGAAGCAAAAAACAACACUUGAAGAACAUAUAGCACUAAUUACUGAUGUCCGUUUCAGUCCCAGCAUACCCCGUCUUGCAACUUCUUCUUUUGAUAAAACAGUCAGGGUUUGGGAUGCUGACAAUCCUGGAUAUUCACUUCGUACUUUUACUGGACAUUCAAACUCUGUUAUGUCACUAGACUUCCAUCCAGUUAAAGAUGACCUCAUCUGCUCUUGUGAUGGGGAUGGUGAGAUAAGAUACUGGAGUAUUAACAAUGGUAGCUGCGCAAGAGUGUUCAAGGGUGGCACGGCCCAGAUGAGAUUCCAACCCCGUCUUGGAAGAUAUCUUGCUGCCGCCGCCGAAAAUAUUGUAUCUAUACUGGAUGUGGAGACUCAAGCUUGUCGGCAUUCACUACAGGGGCAUACAAAACCGGUUCAUUCUGUUUGCUGGGAUCCUUCUGGCGAGUUCCUGGCAUCUGUCAGUGAGGAUUCUGUUAGAGUUUGGACACUUGGAUCAGGGAACGAAGGGGAGUGUGUUCAUGAGCUAAGUUGUAAUGGCAACAAAUUCCACUCCUGUGUUUUCCACCCUACAUAUUCUUCAUUGCUGGUCAUUGGCUGUUACCAGUCACUGGAGCUUUGGAACAUGACCGAGAACAAGACAAUGACUCUUUCAGCCCACGAAGGACUGAUUGCUGCCUUGGCUGUAUCAACUGUGACGGGUUUGGUUGCUUCUGCUAGCCAUGACAGAAUUGUUAAGCUAUGGAAAUGAGACAUUACUCUUGUUGUGUGCUACUAGCAAAACUGUUUUUUUGCAUUAGGAAUAGUUUUUUUUUUUUUUUUGCAGGUUCUUAUCAAAUGUUAGUAGCUUGUGCCUAUUUUGAUAGCUCAAUCUUUGGUUCCUUGUAACCAAAAAAACUUAGAAACUAAACUUGUAUUAUGGCCGUCGCUGUUGUCGUCGUUUAUCCGUUAACGUCAACGUUAUGACGAUCAUUAGGAACUGUUUGUAAUAUCAUGUACCUACAAAAUGGACAUCCUAUGUUUUCUCUGUGUUGGCUGUCUUAAGGAUUAGGAUCAAGUAUGAUACCUGUUUUCUUCUC